AUGUCAGCACCAAAGGAUAUGGACAUAGAAAAUGUGCUUAAAAAGUUUAAUUUGCGGAGUCCCUACUAUAUUAAACUGUUUUCCCUUUUAUUGUUUGCGGGGUCCUUAAAUGCGAUGCACUGUGUUCAAUAUGUGUUUAUAAUAUCUGAUGUGAAAUACAGAUGUAACGAGCCAUAUUUCGAAAAUAAUACAUAUGAUGACAGAUGCCAUAGAAUAGAUAAAGAGACCAAUAAAUCAGUAAAAUGCACUGAAUGGAAAUACGAAGAUCCGAAUGCUUUUUUUAGUGAAUUCAACCUAGCUUGUCAGGACUGGAAGAGACUAUUUGUUGCAACCGUACACUGCUUUGGAUAUAUGAUUGGUUUACUAAUUAUCGGACCUCUGGCUGAUAAGUUUGGGAGAAAAAUUUUAAUAAUUACAACAGGAUUAGUUGCAGCUUUUAUGGGCUUGGGAAGGAGUGUUGUGUAUUCAUAUUGGCUCUACAUCGUCCUUGAGUUAAUUGAAGCUAUGUUUGGUGACCCAUACUCGACGACAUAUAUGUUAGGAGUUGAAAUGGUAACAAAAGAGAAUCGCGUGACGUUCAUCGCUAUAAUGACGGCGGUUACAUCUUUAGCAGGAAUAUUGAUGGCAGUUAUAGCCUGGGCUGUGCCAUAUUGGCGAACCUUUCUUUUGGUUAUUUAUGCACCCGCUCUAUUAAUUUUACUUUACCCUUUCCUGCUAGACGAAAGUCUUCGCUGGCUAUUAAUAACUGGACGGAAAGAAAAAGCUGAAAAUAUUAUAAAAAGUGCAGCUAAAAUGGAUAAUAUAAAUAUCAGUGAAGUUUGUUCAGAGAAUAUUUACUGUGAAAAAGCACCUAAAGUAAAUAUUAGUAUGGCAAAGAUCUUCAAAAUAACUUUUUCAUCGAGAACACUAUUGCUUAGAUUUGCAGCAUGUGUAUGUAUGUGGACGACGGGACUCUUCAGUAAAUAUACCCUAUUAAUGAAUUCUGUAGAACUAGAAGGCAAUAAAUAUCUCAACUUUGGAUUAAUGAAGUUUUGUGAGCUUCCAGCAAGUGUUGUGCUAUGCUUAGUACUUAAAAGGUUCGAAAGGAAGAAACCUUUGAUAUUCUCAUUUUUACUAACGGGUGUGUUCUGUGUAUCGCAAUCAUUUGUGCCUAAAGAUGAAAUACUGCUCACGACAUCGCUGUUUCUGCUCGGCAAGUUUAUGGCGACGAUAUCAUACGAGAUCAUAUACUUAUAUACCUCUGAAUUAUUUCCUACAUAUUUACGGAAUACUAUGCAUUCUUUGUGUUCGUCUUUGGGUCGAACAGCUGCUAUGUUAGCAACGCAGACGCCUUUGUUGGCGACGUACUGGUACGGUUUGCCGUCAUUACUUAUCGGAUUAUCAUCAACAUUGACAGGAGUAAUCGUGAUCAUGAUGCCUGACACAGCAGAUGAUAUUCUUCCAGAUACGGUGAAAGAUGCAGAGAAUAUAGGUCACAAAGGAAAUAACAAUAAGAUUGAGAAUACUUCAAUUUAA